UCCUGUCAAGACAUGCCCGUCGCGACUUACCAGUACCAAGCGCUCAAAGAGGCCCUCGCCGCUUCCAUCUCCGCCGCCGGCGACGUGCGCCGCCCCCACGCCCUCGCCGUAGUGUCGGGUCUCGCCGGCAACGGCUACGUCGUCUCCCUCCUCGUAUCCCGCUACUUCCGCCUCAGCGCCGCCAAUGCCGCGCGCAGGGCGUUCGACGCUGUUCCCCUUCCCCGGGCAGCGUCGCUCCCCGUCUCGGCGCCGCCGCCCAAGCCCCUCCUCUACAACGCCAUGAUCCGCGGGUACCUCGCUCUCGGCCUCCCCCGCCUGGCGGUCGGUGUCUUCCGAGAGAUGGCGUGCCCGCCCGACCGCCACACGUACCACCUCGCCGUGACGGCGUGCGCUCGCGCGUCGGAGUUUGAGCUCGGCCGUCGUAUCGGGAGUGAAGCGUGCUCCAGAGGGCUUUCGACCGACCUCCUGGUCGGGACGGCGCUGGUCGUAAUGUAUUCUGAAGCAGGUGACAUGGAGGCUGCUCUUACGGUGUUUGAUGAAAUCCCGCACCGUGAUGAUGUGGUGUGGAAUGCCCUCAUUGCUGGAUAUGCCCGUGCGAAUUGCAUGGGAGAGGCUCUCAGGUUAUUUGCAAGGAUGAGGAUGGUGGAUGGAGUGUCUCCGACUGAGGCGACACUGGUGAGCUUGGUUUCCGGGUUUGCAAUCUAUGGUUCUUGGAAGGUCUGCUAUAUGAUGCAUGCUGUUGUGAUUAGGUCUGGUUUCCACCUUAACGUCUGUGUUUGCAACGCUCUCCUGGAGCUUUAUCUUUACUCCGGCUGUUUGAGGGAGGCUGUGAUGUUGUUUCGUCAGAUGGAGGAGAAAGAUUCCAUCACUUGGAGUACGAUGAUUGGUGGGCUUGUUCGGAAUGGACGACCAAAUUCUGCCCUUAACCUUUUCCACUGGAUGCUGUCAAAUUCGACUGUGUCGGCCACUAGGUCCAUCUUGCUUAAUGUCAUUGCGGCCUGCGCUGAGCUGGGGGAGUGGAAACAAGGAAGAUGGAUUGAACAAAGCUAUGUGCUGGCUGAUUCUAGUGAAUUCAAUAGAGAUCCAUCUUUGGUAACUGCACUGAUAUAUAUGUAUGCAAGAUGUGGACAGGUAGAUUCUUCAAUUGCUCUUCUACAUGGAGUUGCAGCAAUGAGAGAUGACAUAGUUGCAUGGAAUGCCAUGAUCAAAGGCUGUGGAGUUCUCGGGCAUGUGGGAAAGGCAAUAGGAUUUGCAGUGGAAAUGCAGAGGGUAGGCAUUGAUCCAGAUGCUGUCACAUUCCUGGAGAUCCUACCUAUGAUUUGUUCGAUUCCAUCACUGAAGAAGGGGAUGGAAGCACAUGGUCAGAUCGUUAAAAGAGGUUUCCAGAGUGAAAGGACAAUUGCUAAUUCACUCAUCACCAUGUAUGGUCGAUGCGGGGAUCUUAGACAUUCAUUUGACACCUUUAGUGGGAUUGUGGACAAGGAUGUAAUCUCUUGGACUUCUAUGAUUCAGGUAUAUGCCUGGAAUGGACAUGCUGCUGAAGUUGUCCAGCUUUUUGAGUUGAUGAAGAAAACAGAAGUGAAACCGAACUGCUACACCUUUCUUGCUGUGCUGUCUGCAUGUAAGAACACAGGUCUUGUUGAAGAGGGAAUGGACUUGCUCAAGUUCAUGGAAGAGCAAUAUGGUCUUGAGCCGGAUGUUGAGCAUAUUUCAUGUGUUGUUGAUAUGCUAUGUCGUACUGGACGCUUGGCUGAUGCAUAUGACCUGAUAAAAAGUACUGUUUCUGAACGUGUAGACAAUCAUAUAUUAUGGGGGAUACUGCUAAGUGCUUCCCGUUCAUCUGGGGAUUUGGUGAUUGGAGAAGCAGCUGCCAGACAUCUCUUGUCUCUGGAUCCAGAAAAUCGAGCCAACUAUAAAAUGCUUGCUGAUAUUUAUAUCUCGCUUGGGAGAAGGGAUAGUGCUGAUAAUAUCCUUAGACUAUCAUUGUCAAGAGGGCUAGACUCGAAACCAGGCUGCAGCUGGACUGAAGGUGGCUAAAUGUUGCAAAUACAUGCUAGAUGAAUCAGGAUGCGGAACCCUUUUCCUUUUUCUCGGACCAAGAACAACUUCUCUGGAGCUUUAUCCCACAAUCUAACAAGGGCUGCUUCAGUGCUGGGUCAUCUUCAGGAGGUUGCUGUCCAAAGAUCAUCUCGCAGCUCAUGUCUUCAAAAUCUGAACAGUAACAAUAUGAUUGACAUAAGAUAGCCUAUCGUGGAUCAGAGCAAAGGAAGCUUACUGGGUGACAUGUACACAGAAACUCCAAGCGAAUCUUGCAUAAACUUCUGGGAUGGGAUCUUGCAAAGGUUCGUGCACAUACCGACACAGUUGGUGCUUUCCAGAAACCUGUCGCCGAGUAAGAUAACAAAUUAAGAAAGAUAAGCACCACUUACGUCAAGAUUUGUUGGGCUCACCAGAAGCACUAGCAUGGAGUCUUUCUUUGAAUGAUGCCCUCCUUGAGGGCAGGCUACUUAUUUUAUGAAGUGAAAUAUUGCAUAUUUAUUGCAUGGAGCAAGAACAUGUCAAGGAGAGAAAAUCUGUUGAUAUAGUACCUCACAUGGUCCAACCAGCCAAGGGAAGAAUAUGGUGGUGAAGGCAGCAAAGUACUCCCUGGAAAAUCUUGAAGGCGGCAUCAUCACCUUUAUCUGCCCAAACAGAAUUCUGUCAAACCAAAAUCCAGGUAAAAAGUAGAGACAUUUGUACUGUUUCCCCAUCCAUCCGUGUCCAAAAAGAAGGCUUAUAAAUUUGAAAGCAAAAUUUUGAAAUCCUAUAUAGUUUUUUUUUACUUUUUUUGUUGUUGAGAAAAUCACUGGUGGGAUAACAUAGUUAGCUGAAAUCUGAAUACUAUUAUGAUGUUAAUUAUGCA